UGGAGGAGACGGGUGCUUCAGCCCUUGCCCUCGAGCUUUCCACUGUUCAUUAAAAGGUCGCCCGGCCCACCCGUCACCAUUUCUACCCCGGGGAGACAGCGCGUCCAGCCCCUGCAGCGGCUGAGCCUCGGGCGCAAAACUUUGGUGGCCGCGGCCAUCGGGGUGGUGAUGAUCCUGAUUCUGGUGGUCCUCAUCCCGGUGCUGGUCAACUCAGUGGGCAUCGACGGGCACUACGAGAUGCUGGGCACGUGCCGCAUGGUCUGCGACCCCUACUUGGCCAAGACCACCAGCGCCAGCGCCAUCCGGACCGAGGCGGGAGAGACCCUCGCCAGCAGCGGCCACGCCGGGCUCCCCGCGCCAUCCACGUUGGUGCAAGGGCCGCAAGGCAAGCCCGGGCGGCCGGGAAAACCCGGGCCACCGGGGCCACCAGGAGAACCGGGUCCGCCGGGGGCCAUGGGGCCCCCGGGGGAGAAAGGGGACCCCGGGAAGCCGGGCCCCCCUGGCUUGCCCGGGCCGGGCCUGGGCAACGGAGCCAUCAGCACGGCCACCUACACCACGGUGCCCCGCGUGGCUUUUUACGCGGGCCUCAAGAACCCGCACGAGGGCUACGAGAUCCUUAAAUUCGACGACGUGGUGACCAACCUGGGCAACAACUACGAGGCCACCACGGGCAAGUUCACGUGCAACAUCCCCGGCACUUAUUUCUUCACCUACCACGUCCUGAUGCGCGGAGGCGACGGCACCAGCAUGUGGGCGGACCUGUGCAAGAACGGACAGGUGCGGGCCAGCGCCAUCGCGCAGGAUGCGGAUCAGAACUACGACUACGCUAGCAACAGUGUCAUCCUUCACCUGGAUGCCGGCGACGAGGUUUUCAUCAAGCUGGACGGAGGCAAAGCCCACGGAGGGAACAACAACAAAUAUAGCACCUUCUCAGGCUUCAUCAUCUACUCGGACUGAGGGCUGCGAGCAGCAGCAGCAGCAGCAGCCAUGCUAGUUCCCGGCCUCCUGGAUUUCUCUCUUGUGUGUCAGCUGCAAAGUCAGCUGCAGAACUCACAUCCACCGACAUCUUCGCACGCUGUCCGUCUCCCCGCCAAGGUGCAGGGAUGCGGUGGUUGGGUCCUGUUGCCCUUUUCCCCGCCCCUCCAGGGGGCACUGCGGAGGAACAACAGAUGAGUCAAGCCAACCACCAUUCCCACCCCUAAUUUUCCUUCCAUGCAUUUCCAGGCGCAUCACUAUUUGCGAAGCCUUCUAAG